UUGUGUUGCCAAGGAAGGAGGGCGCGCGAGCCAGGCAGCCAGCGUCCACUCGCAGGCUUGAACUUUGCACCACUUUCCCAGUCGCUGGUGCCGCCGCCGCCUCCUGAGCGGGAGCGAACGUCACCCUGCGCGGCAGCCGGGAACGCCUGGCUGGCCGGUCCUGGGGCGUCCUGUGCGUUCUUGCUGCUGCUGCUGCCGCGACAGCCCCUCCUGCCGUGGCGUGAAGGGAGAUUCCUUCUCUCCGCCGCCACCUUUUCCCGCCAGACGCGGGAGGGAGGAGGAGAGAAGGCAGCAAGUUCGGGCCGUGGCGUCUGUGUGGGGAAAAGGGAGGGUCUUGAAGAGCUGAAUUGGGUUGUGUGAUAAGACCAUAGAAGGUUCUGUGAGGAGGAGGAGAGCGGGGAGGGCGCGCAAGAAUUUGAGGUGGAGCAGAAAAUACUUUUUGUUUUGAGGGGGGAAGGAGGUAGCAGAGCUUUGAGGUAGAAAGGGUGUUUUCAGGGGGAGAUUCUCCUGUAAUCUGUUUCCCCUCUUGCCCAGCAAACUUGGGCGUAAAAGGGAAACCAGGUGCUGUGGCUGGUGUGGAUCUGAGCAGCUGCUUGGAGAGACCCCGGAGUCCUCUCGCUCCCUUCCCCCGGCCUGCGUCUUCGCUCGCAGCUCCCUUUUAUUUUCCCACCCCUUCCCGACCUCCUUCCCUCCUCCCCCGGUCAGCCAGGAGCGAUGAGGGAGAAUGGCAGUAACACGUGAAAGCGAGGAGAAAAAAACCCGGGAGCGGUCCUGACUUGGGGGGGUGGAAAGAGGCAGGCUGGGCAGCGUGAGAAGGAAGAAGGUGGGUUUUUCCUCCCCAAGGGGGCUCUCUCUUCCCUCCACCCCUUUCCCUCGGCUAGUUGGGUAAUUCCUGGUUCCUGGAGCUGACAGGUGCUCCUGCGAGUCAGCCGCCACUUCUCGCGCCCCUGCCUCCUUUUCUUGCCCUCCUCUGCCCACCGACCCACCGGUCCCUUUUCUCAUCCUUGGGAAACUGACUCGAGAGCCCAUAUUAUGCUUUGAACGUCGGGCGAGAGACGAACCCUGGAGACGCUGGGAGAAAAGACGGUAGCGGGACGCAAAAAAGUUUUGGAUGGGAUUAUGCGGAAACUACCCUGCUCUUCUGUGCUGCCCGAGCAGGAUCAGUGCUGCUUUCUCCCCGGCGGUGCAGCCUUCGCGGGGUGGUGGAGGUGGUGAAAAGGACGCGGGGAGGGCUUGAGCUUGCAAGUGCUUCGGUGUGUGUGCUUGAGAGCUUCGACCCAGCCUGCCAAAUGCUCCUCUUCGGGUUCCUCUGGCUGACAUUUGCCCUGGUCAGCCCGAGGCAGGGAGCUCAAGCCGAAUCGAACCUGAGCAGCAAGUUCCAGUUUUCCAGCGCCAAGGAGCAAAACGGAGUACAAGAACCUCAACAUGAGAAGAUUAUUACAGUAUCUGCUAAUGGAAGUAUUCACAGCCCUAAGUUCCCAUAUACUUAUCCCCGCAACACAGUACUGGUGUGGCGAUUAGUAGCAAAUGAGGAGAAUGUGUUGAUACAGCUCACUUUUGAUGAAAGGUUUGGGCUUGAAGACCCAGAAGAUGAUAUCUGCAAGUAUGACUUCGUAGAAGUUGAAGAGCCUACUGAUGGCAGUAUUUUAGGGCGGUGGUGUGGUUCCGCUGCUGUUCCAGGCAAACAGGUUUCCAAAGGGAACCAAAUCAGAAUAAGAUUUGUUUCUGAUGAAUAUUUUCCUUCUGAACCUGGAUUCUGUAUUCAUUAUACUCUUCUCACACCGCAUCAAACAGAAUCUGCCAGCCCAACAGUGUUACCACCCUCCGCUUUCCCUUUGGAUUUGCUAAACAAUGCUGUGGCUGGAUUUAGUACUGUGGAAGAACUUAUCCGGUACCUUGAACCAGAUAGAUGGCAGUUAGAUUUGGAAGACCUCUACAAACCAGCCUGGCAGCUCCUUGGAAAAGCAUACAUUCAUGGGAGAAAAUCUAGAGUGGUUGAUCUGAACCUUCUGAAGGAGGAAGUGCGAAUGUAUAGCUGUACUCCACGCAACUUUUCAGUGUCACUACGGGAAGAGUUGAAGCGAACAGACACCAUCUUUUGGCCACUUUGUCUGCUGGUUAAACGUUGUGGUGGAAAUUGUGCCUGCUGUCAGCAUUCUUGUAGUGAGUGCCAGUGUGUCCCCACCAAGGUCACCAAAAAAUACCAUGAGGUCCUACAGCUGAAGCCCAGGAGCGGUGUAAGAGGAUUGCAUAAAUCUUUGACAGAUGUACCUUUGGAACAUCAUGAAGAGUGUGACUGUGUUUGUAAAGGAAAUACAGAAGGAUAAAAGGAGCUAGACUCACUUCUUCCUUUUACAGAGCAUUCAAACAGUGGCUGAUUCUGUUCUGGGGCUUGUGCAUUAAUUUCCUUUUAUAAUCUCAGUUUUUUUUCUUUGAAAAUCUUCAGGAUUGACAGCUCUGGGAGAAAAAAAAGAGAGAAAAUCAAACUGGGGUUAUAUAUGUAAUGUAAAAGCUCUGUUGCUUGAAGUCCCACUAUAAGGAUGUGCAGAAGGCACCAAUGAGGAAAUUUUUUUCCUCCAACUAUAUAUACAUAUAUAUCAUCUCUUUCAUUCAUCUUGAAUUUAAAAGGAUUAAAGUUUAGGAGUAUAGGAAAAGACAGACGAAGACUGGACUUUGGCCAUCUUGCUUCUACAGAUCUGUUACUUCUGGCAUACAGCUUGGAACAUCUGGAAUCUUUCAAGUCUUCUCAGCAACUGUGUAUUCUAAAUCAAAGUGUUAAUUGUUUUAUAGACUGGCUUAUUCUGAAUUAAGCUUAAUUUUUCAUUGAUAUAAAUAGAAAAGACUGGACAGUGUGUCAUGGUUUUCAGUAAAAAUACUUAGCAAAGCUGAAUGGUCAGGGUAUAUGAGGAAGAAGGAACGAAUAGAAACAGGGCGUGGCUUUUUCUUCUCUCUACGGCCUGCAAGUAUUUUUGUUUGUUUAUAUUUUUAUUGUGUACAUUUUUAUACUCUCUUUGGCAGCAUAAUUAUUUGCUUUUCUAAUCUUGUGAAAUAUCUAUUUUUUACCAAAGGUAUUUAAUAUUCUUUUUUUAUUACAGCCUUGAUAAAACGACUUGUUAGUUUUGUAACACUUUGGAGUGAGAGAGAUAGAGAGGAGGAAACAAGAUGCAGUCACUGUUUCAGCAAGGAAAGAAGCUAAAUAAUGCAUUUGCACAUAAGAGAGGUAAAAAAUAUCAUCCCAUAUUUAAAAUUGUGUGCAAAUUAGCUUCUGUGAUGUUGAAGAUUAAUGUAAACAUAUGAAGCCUGUUCUUUCUAUACUAGCACCCCAAUCCAGAAAAGAAGAUCCCAUGGGCAGAAGCAGGCUUCCGCAAACAUAUCAGUUGUUGAAUCAGGGACCACAGCAUAAAUUGGAUGUGUGUUAAAAUGUCUUCUUUUCACUGGGAUUCACAUUUGUGCAUCUUCAUAAACAUUCUGGUACGACUGCUCAUUCAUAAAUAACCUUAUGAUGUGCAACUAAUGCUGGAUCUUGGUGUAUUUUUAAAAUAAUCAAAAAUACAAAAAGAGAACUGUCUGGUAGCCUGAUCAUAAACAUGUUUAUUCAGAAUUGUCCAAUUGAGUACAGUGGGACUUGCUUCCUAGAAAAUAUGCCUUGGGUUACAAUCUUAAUGGUUACAUUAGCAUGAGACAUCUCUUGACGAAACUGUCAUCACUGCUGACAUUUCAGUGUCAUCUUGCCUCCAUAAUAUAUAAGGUGUUCGUGAAAAAGGCACACAUAUUUAUUGCUUCAGGGGUAAGGGUUUUUAUAUUAAUGUUGAUGGUUAUUUUCUCUUAAGAACAGUGGGCUUCCAAUAUUUUAAUGAUGUAUAGUGCAUUUUUAUGAAAUGUGGUUUUGCUUAUGUACAGUCUAUAUGUAAGCCAGUACAUUUAUCCACCUUUUGCCAAGAGGGAAAAAGCAGUAAAAUAUUUUGCUUGUAGAAUGC